GGCGCUUGACGGCGGCGGCACUUGGCGGCGGCGGGGCCGGUGGCGGCGGCGGCGGGUCGGCCAUGCUGCUCACCGUGUUCUGCCUGCGCCGCGACCGCAGCGAGCUCACCUUCUCCCUCCAGGUGGACGCCGACUUCGAACUGCAAAACUUCCGGGCGCUCUGCGAGCUGGAGUCCGGGAUCCCGGCGGCCGAGAGCCAGAUAGUCUAUGCGGAGCGGCCUCUGACGGACAACAACAGAUCUCUGGCCUCCUAUGGCUUGAAAGACGGGGACGUGGUGAUUUUGCGGCAGAAGGAGACGGUGGAGCCGCGGCCCUCGAUCCGCUUCCCAGGUCUGCCGCGGAUCGACUUCAGCAGCAUCGCGGUUCCGGGGACGUCCACGCAGCAGCAGCCGCCAGCGGCACAGCGCCCGCGGCCCUCGCCCCCCGAUGCGCCUUCGUUCCCGCAGGGUCUGGACAACCCAGCGCUGCUGCGGGAGAUGCUGCUGGCGAACCCCCACGAGCUGUCCCUGCUCAAGGAGCGCAAUCCGCCGCUGGCCGAGGCUUUGCUCAGCGGAGACCUCGAGAAGUUCACCAGGGUGCUGCUGGAACAGCAGAAGGACCGAGCGCGGCGGGAGCAGGAGAGGAUCCGACUCUAUUCCGCUGACCCUUUCGAUCUCGAGGCCCAGGCCAAGAUAGAAGAAGACAUAAGGCAACAAAACAUUGAAGAAAACAUGACGAUAGCAAUGGAGGAGGCCCCCGAGAGCUUUGGCCAGGUGGUGAUGCUGUACAUCAACUGCAAAGUCAACGGACAUCCAGUGAAAGCCUUUGUUGACUCAGGUGCCCAGAUGACCAUCAUGAGCCAAGCUUGCGCCGAAAGGUGCAACAUCAUGCGGCUGGUAGAUCGGCGGUGGGCCGGCAUCGCCAAAGGCGUGGGGACGCAGAAAAUAAUCGGCAGAGUGCACUUAGCUCAGGUCCAGAUCGAAGGGGAUUUCCUGGCGUGUUCCUUCUCCAUCCUUGAAGAGCAGCCCAUGGACAUGCUGCUGGGGCUGGAUAUGCUCAAGAGGCAUCAGUGUUCCAUCGAUCUCAAGAAGAACGUGCUGGUGAUCGGCACCACCGGCUCGCAGACCACGUUCCUGCCGGAGGGCGAGCUCCCCGAGUGCGCCCGCCUGGCGUACGGGGCCGGGCGGGAGGACGUGCGGCCGGAGGAGAUUGCGGACCAGGAGCUGGCAGAAGCAAUACAGAAAUCCGUAGAGGAAGCAGAGAAUAGUGACAAAGAAACUACCUCACUGGAAAUGCCCUCAUUACCAGCUUCUGAUGGGUUUCAAAAUCCAGUCCAGUCUUCAGGACUAAAUUCCAAGAUCUGUAAUCCCACAAAUCAAUUACUUGAUCGUUCUGUCUCUGCCCCUGCUGCAAUUUGCUCAUCCGAAUCUAGCCUCGCAGAGCCCACUGAUCCUAGAGCCGCCAGGUCUUUCGAGUCUCCAACCGAAUUCCAGAUAACCCCAGAAGAACAACAUCCUCUCUCAUUACCGCAUCUUUCCAAGAACGCUUCCUCGGCAAAUAACGACCCUUCUCCCCAGCCGGGGGAGGUAACCUGUUGCAAUCCAGCUUGCCUUUCACAGAAGACACUCAAAGACGCAUUUAUUGCUGACAGUCUAAAGGAAUGUAACGCUAAAGAACAAGACCGCCAUCAGGAACACCCUUUGGAAGUGACAAAAGAAAAGAAUUUGGCUGACGCUGAGCAUGGGCAAAAUAAAGAUACGUGUCUGUCUUCAGAACAGGAACAAAAGCAUGAGCUUCCCGUAGACCAUCAGAUGUGCAAAGAACCAGAGGAGGAACAUCUGGAGAAGCAAAUGAAGACAACUGACCCAGAAGCUCCUGUCAUGGAAGAAGCCGGCCAGCCAGAACGUCCUCCUGCGGGAACGAGAGGAGGUGGACUGGAGGACACGGCUCUGUCCUGCGUGAAAGGGAGUAUCCAAGCAUCAGCCUCCCGGAGCUGCCUGCACACGGAAACCUUCAUGGAAAUAGAUGUCAUUGAGCAGUCUGUAGCUGGAGCGAGCGAGCAGAAGCAGCAGGCUGAGAACAGUAGAGUGUCUGACCCAAGCUCAGACAUCUCUUCCAUGGAGGUGGAGUCGCUGAAGCCUGCGUCCUCCUCGAGUGAUCCGCUCUCCACCGGUGACGUCCCACGGUCCAACAGCACUAGUGAAGUUCCUGCCACUUAUAACGAGUUGUCUGAUGUGGCGGCUCAAGACAACUCGUCCCCCUCCAGCACCCGCCAGCUGGACACGGAUGCGGGAAGACCUUCCGAAGAGCCGUGUUUCUGUCUGGCAUCAGCCUUGAAAGAGCUUCACAAACUCUUGAUCAUCAGUCGGAAAGGAGAAUGUAAAACCCUCGCUUCUGAAGACGUCUCUCGGCUGGAAGGGGUUCACCAAGAGCCAGCGGCGCAGCAGAAGGGGCUUUCUGAAGAUGAGCAGAAAGGCUCAGAUGCAGCCGGCCAGGAACAGAGCUGUUCCUCCUGCGAGGGGAGUUCUGAAGCUGGAAGAGCAGAGGGGAAACAGUUUUGGGAUUCCAGCGCAGGCAACAUCAGCGCUGGGUCUCCCGGUCACGUGCCGUCAGCUCUCGGAGAAGGUGCUUUAGAGAAUCACGAGUGUUCGGGAGGGAGCGAUUUGGUCGUGGUGAAUUCUGCAGCGACAUCCGACCAGCAACAGAGCUCUGAGCAAGCGGAGGUUUGGGCAGAAGGUUCUCAGAGUCCGACUUCAGAGAAAAACGCAUCUGUUUCCUCCACGUGUGCUUGGGAUGAAGCUUUGGAUGGAGAUACUCGGAGCCUGUUCGCAGGAGCGCCCGGGGGAAGCAGCGGUUCUGCUCCUGAAGGGCCGUUGCCAUCGGGUGGGUGUGAGGAACCGCAGCUGCGCCCCCGACCCGGCUGUGCUGGACUUUCCUCGGCCUCUUCUCCACCUGCUUUCCCUGCGGCCGAUGUCGACCGCAUCCUCGGCGCUGGUUUUACCACGCGGGAAGCUCUCGAGGCUCUGGAACAAGCGGAUGGAAACGCAGAUCUGGCUCUUCUCAUUUUGCUAGCCAAAAAUAUCGUCGUUCCUACGUAACUACGGAAGAGGUAGCUGACGGGGGUGCUUUUUCUUUCAAAGGACAUAUCUAAAUUACACAUCGUAACGUACAAGCAGAAUGUUGAGCCAGAUUUUUUAAUUAUUUACAGCCAAAGUAACUUGUCUCUUCUGUUUCCCUCGUUAGAUUUGGCCUUUUCAAAGAAAGAAAACGUCCUAGCAUUGUGUGGACAGGCUAGCUUUUAAUUAUGCCUACUGGAUUAAAAUUAGUGGUUUUAUUUAAAUGUACAAUUUUAGAAUAAGCUCCAAUGUUACGAAUAAAAAAAGCAGAAGCCAUUAUGAUCACUGCCCUGUCCGGCGCGAAGCAGAUCGCGAAGCGAAUUGACCGUGCACGUGUGCACGGGCCAGGAGGCGCCCGCAGGUUUCGGUGUGGGGCGGCCGCCAAACGGCGCUCGUGCAAACGGACUUGGUGGAUUUGCACCGAUUUUUAGCUCUCCUGCGCUUUUGUAACCCAAUGUCCAGCUGUGACGCUGAGGAAACUACUCUUGGCAGCUACUAAAGGUACGUAGGUGCCCACAGACGUGUAACACUUUGCGAAGGGGUUGUGGAGGGGGAUUUUGGAGGCGUGUGUUUUGGGUGUGCACGGCGAAGGCUGAUGCCUGUUUUUGCCAAACCCUUUGAUGCUCUUGGGCCAGUGCGUUCAAGUUUACAACGUGGGGAUAGGGGAUAGAAGAAGGGAAGGGAUAGAAUUUGGUGCUACCAAACCUUCGGAAAUGUUUUAACUUAUUUGAAGAUGCGCUGGGAUGAAUCGUAGGUGGGGAGGGAAGGGAAGGGAAAAGGAGUGGUUUAUUUUUUCUAGCAUUGCCCACAUUGUGUUUUUCCCUCAUACAAAACAAGCUCAACCACUUCAAGGCAAAACCUUAAUGAUGAAAUUGUUUAACAACCCAGCCAUGUGUCAUGGCUCUUAAUCCCCCUCUGCCCGGGGAAGAACGAACUGUGUCCGUGGCUGCGUUCUCUAUGCACCGAGCGGGGAUGCGACCAGAAGAGGAAGAAAUCAGCUCUGCGCGAGUUGAUCUGGAUGCUUGGGGGUGAUCAGCCUCUCAGCUGCGGAAACGCAAACUGCGGGAAGCCCGGGUACUAAUUGAAUACCUCUUAAAGAGCGAGGGCUCCCCAAUAGGGUUUAUGAAACAAAUGCACUGACGUGGCUUCUGCUUUAGAACCAUCGUGGCCUUUCGGGGAGUCCCCGUGAGCAGCCCACCCAGGCUGUGCCGCAGAAAGCCCUUUCCAGAUGCUUUUUUGGGGGGAUGAACUACUUAGCGAUGGCUCUGCAGAGCCCCAAAACACUGUUGGGGCUGGGGAAGGGGAAGGAAAGCGUGGCUGAAACACGACACCAAAUUUUAAGUAGGAACUUUUACGUAGUCCCACUUGCAAACCACAGAAUUCGUGGCUUUGUGUCAAGUGUUCAUCUCGAAUUUUCUUCUUCGAGCUAAACCUGAAGUGAUGGACCAGCAGCGGCUGGAAAUAGGUUUUGUUCAUGGCUUCCGUUUGUUGUUAUUGUUGUCUCAGGCCUGUGUUCCUGGUGUUUUGUUUUCCCUGUUGCUUCGCAGGUUUGUUACAUGUACGCCAGGCUCUUUCCAUGCAGGGUGGCAUUGAAAAACAACACCAAUUUGGUUUCAGCUGUGAACCUGCAGGAGUUUCUGCUGUCAGGGAGCAGUGGCUGUCAGGUUUUUCUUGGGUAGCCAGGAGAUCCUUUAGAAUAAUGAAGAGCUUUAAGUUAUUCCUCUGUUCGAAAGGAGCUUCUCCGUGAGCUGUGGCCGUAGCAGCCAGGCCCGGGUUGAGCUCCCCGUGAUGAGCAGCAGGCGGUGGAUCCGGGCAUGUGUAGGAAAAAUGAUGCUUGGCUGUUCAGGAGCCUCUUGCUGGAGCAGCAUCGAGUAAUUCCCUUCAGGCUCUGUUCAAAAUGAGUUACUGAGGUGAGGCUUUAUGAUCUUCACCGUGCAGGUGGUAAGAGUUACCCCUGCUGGAGGUCUCUUUAAUAUUCUCCUUGCAAUGAGCACGUCAAAUCAGCAAAGAUCCCCUGUGUAACGCUGGGGCUGGUACAGGAGUACAGUGUCAUCACAUCUCUCUCUAGGAGCCUUAGGAAAUGAAAUAUAUUAGACCCAUUCCCAUCUGCAUCUGGUUCACUAUCAAAAGCGCAACAAGAGUAAAGCUCCCAGCUCUCGGAUCCAGAGCAUCCUCAGUCUGAACGGCCAAAUCUGCUCCCGAUUUCGCGCCACGGGUCCCGGCGAGGUGGUGCUGGAGCAAACCCCCGCCUGGCACAUCGACACCAGAGCUGAAUUUGCGCCCGGAGCCUGCGGGUUCGUCUUCUUGAAGCAUCAGAUGUUAGCCGUCCAAUGUUAUACCCUUUUCCUAUUUACGCUUUAUGUUUUUAGAAGCAAUUGCUAAUCGCUAAACAAAGUACCGCUGCUUUGCACCAGGGUAAAGGCUCUAGUUUUACGGCCGCAUUUACUUGGGCUGCGUAUAGAGAAUUUAUGCUAUAAAAGCUUUAGAGCAUCAACCAACUUGCUUCAAUGCUCAGUUUUACUCUUUGUCAAAGGUGAGUUUUGAAAUCUGCCCUUCUGCCAAAGCUGUACUGAAGCAUUUCUCAAUAGUGCUGGAAUUCCAUGGGUAACUUCCUCAGAGCUGCUGGAAACAAAGCCCGACCCCCAGCUGAUCAAUACCUGUAAAACCCCUUUAUCAAGUUGGUCCAAGCCUGGUGAUUUAAAUCUAAUUUCAGAGCCUCGCUGCGUGCUGCUUAAUUAACGAAUAAGUUUGUAGGAGCAAGAUUUAUGUUGGAGAAUAUCUGGGCAGUGGUGAGUAUUGAGGUUAAAAUAAAAUGGACUAGAGUAUGUAUUUAGCAAAUGCUGUCUAAAAGGCGUCUCCUGUUUUAACGUGCAUGUGUGUCCUCCGCUGUACGCGAUCCCUUAACCGCUCUCUGGCAUAUGAAAUAGGACUAUUUCUGUGUUCUGCUAGAGCCGGGCAUACAGGUAACGCCAAAAGCUGGUCAGGUUUCCAAGGAACUGCGUGCCCUGGCCUAAAAUAGAGCUCUUCGCUCUUCUCCUCCUCAUCAGUGCUCCAGUGUACUAACGUCACAUCGGCUUAGCAAAAUUAUUGCGGUAUGAAAAGUCCAUCAGUUUCCUGAAGCCACGGUGGUCACGGCUGUUGGUUUCUGGAUGUAUUUUCGGCCUCUCGCUCUUUCUAAACACAAGCUCUAGGUGAGUUUAGAGGUGAUGUGGAGCGAAAUACCGACGUGAAAGUUUCUGGGCACAGAUAAUUGUGACAAGAGGAGGAAAUAUCUCCUGGCGAUGGUCCUUGGCACGUUCACCUACUGCGGGACGAGUUGAGCUGCGUUAUCCUGACAAUCUCUGCCUUGUGCUACGUACGUUCACCUUUCCACGUACGUUCACCUUUCCACGUACGUUCACCUUUCCACGUAUGUUCACCUUUCCACAUAGACACUUGGUCUCCAGGACUGUUAACCCCGUACCUCCAGAUGUGUGCCCUUCUUUCUGUCCUUGUCUCUCCCUCUUGCCGUCUCCCUUCCUCAAAAGUAGCAAUAUUUAAGUGUACUCGCUGAAUGCUUAACUUCCAGAUAAGUUUUCUCUAAACCACUAUGCCGUUUAUGAAUAAAAGGAGGAACGGAUCCCAGAGGUUUCUUCACCAGACUUGGACUUCUUGCCAAACAGCUUCCCCAGCAUGUGAAUUCAAAGAGGACAAAUCCUGAGGUAUUUUACCUGCAUCUCUCAGAAAUCAGCUUGGGAAAUGGGGUCGGUUUCACGUUCAUUCCCUUCGGAAGCAUUCAAGAGAUCUCUUCCUGCACUGUGUAGAUGUAGCUUAGUCCGCGAUCGGAACGCGUUGCGGUUCGGGUCGCUCUUCGAUGCUUUUUAGCUUAAAGAGUUUUACGAACUCAUUUAAAGGAACUUGAGGGAAUCAAUACUCAGGAAUCCUAAAGCUGGUUGCAUUUGUGUCAUUUACUCUCCUGGGCUGAACACGCCGCGGUUGUCCCCGCGGUGGCCGGAGGGAGGAGAGCGGUGUCGGUGUCAGCGGAGAGCGGGAUGUGGUUCUGCCCAAAGUAAUACACACUUGAUUCUUUUUAUUUUUAUUUCUUUUUAAUAUUGGGGGACUGUUUAUCAACAAAACCGAUGUGUAAAAAAUUUGAUAUUUAAAAAAAAAAAUGAAUAAACACUUUAUCAUAAUGUU